AUGCGUUGUAUCAUCAUGUGGGAAGUCAACUCAAGUGCGAAAUUGGGAUUGUUGGUUGUUGAAGUUGGAACAAAAUUCGAAGGGAAACGAAGUGAAGUUUUGUCGAAGAAAAGAAAUAAGCGAAGCGCAUCACGCCCCAUCCUUCCCGCCCACACUCACACCCUCUCACUUCUUGAUUUUCGAUCUUUCAUCCACGCCGACAACCGACCAGAUUUCCUCCGCCGGACACAUCACCAAUCCAAAAUGGGUCGUCUUCACAGCAAGGGCAAGGGCAUUGCCUCUUCCGCCAUCCCCUACUCCCGCGCCGCCCCCGCGUGGCUCAAGACCACCCCCGACCAGGUUGUCGACCACAUCUGCAAGCUGGCCAAGAAGGGUGCCACUCCUUCCCAGAUCGGUGUUGUCCUCCGUGACUCCCACGGUGUUGCCCAGGUCAAGAUUGUUACUGGUAACAAGAUCCUCCGUAUCUUGAAGUCCAGCGGCCUCGCUCCCGAACUCCCCGAGGACCUUUACUUCCUGAUCAAGAAGGCCGUCGCUGUCCGCAAGCACCUUGAGCGUAACCGCAAGGACAAGGACUCCAAGUUCCGCCUGAUUCUGAUCGAGUCCCGCAUCCACCGUCUGUCUCGUUACUACAAGACCGUCGGUGUCCUGCCCCCCACCUGGCGCUACGAGAGCGCCACUGCCUCCACCCUUGUCGCAUAAGCGCAUUUUGGGAGGAUGAGUGGUUGACGGAGGGAACCCAUCGGAUCGUCGUGAUCGUCGUAUCUGAAGGGUCUAUCUUCUGCUAGAUACAACAAAAAAGAUUACGAUUAUUUGAUA